AUGACUCAGCUUUGCCGGAAAAUGUUUCAUUUCAAUAUCAAGAAAAGAAUCCUCUGGCGGGUCUCGAUUCUCCGGUGGUAUCUCAACUCGCUUUGGCAACGAUUUCUUGCUUGUUUUAUCGGAAAGUCGUCCGUUCGGUAUAGACAAUUGCCAACUGCAGCUUCCACCGUCUCUUCCUCUUUAUCGCCUCUGGUGGAUACCGCUGGCUUGUCCUCCACGAAUAUGACCUCAACACCACACUGCUUCUGCAAUCCCGACAAAGAUUCAUCGGAUCUAGUUUCUUUGAAAAUCAGUCUCUUGGGCGAUGGUCAGAUCGGCAAGACAAGUUUCCUGACCAAGUAUGCUGGGAGAGAAAAGGGACUCAAAGAAUUUCCAAUGACAGGAAUGAAUCAGGUGGACAAAACAUUGUGUGUGAAAGGAGCACACAUUUCUUAUAGUAUCUGGGAAGUGGGAGGCAAUGUUUCUACUGUUGAUGACAAAAUUCAAGCAGCCUGUAAAGAUUCAGUAGCAAUGUUAUUUAUGUUCGAUCUCACGAGUCGAUGCACCUUGAACAGUGUAAUUCAAUGGUUUCAACAAGCCAGGCAAUGGAAUCAGACAGCAAUCCCAGUAAUAAUAGGGACCAAGUUUGACGACUUCGUGCAAUUACCACUACAUAUACAGUGGACAAUUGCAAGCCAGGCAAGAGCAUAUGCAAAGGCACUGAAUGCAACAUUGUUCUUUUCAAGUGCAACCUACAACAUCAACGUGAACAAAAUCUUCAAGUUCAUUACAGCAAAGCUCUUUAAUCUACCAUGGAAUUUGGAGCGUAAUCUCACUGUUGGAGAACCCAUUAUUGAUUUCUAG